AUGUCACGACGGGACCAGAGGUUUCGCAGAGGGAUGAAAGGACGGUGUUAUGAAUGUGGCUGCAUCCUGUCUCAGUGGUACUAUGAAAGAGAGGCACAGCUGUUCUGUAAGAAGCACUACUGGGCCCGCUAUGGAGAGCACUGCCACGGCUGCCAAGAGACCAUCUCAAAAGGACUCAUCAUGGUUGCCGGAGAUCAAAAGUACCACCCUGAAUGCUUCACUUGUGUGAGCUGUGAAAUGUUCAUUGGAGACGGAGACACCUACACGCUCGUCGAACGCACCAAACUCUACUGUGGCCACUGUUUCAGGCAGGGCGUAGUGUCAGCCGCAGGGUCAGCUUCUCCACUUGCCAAGAGUCCUCACAUGGUGGCACUGGUGUCCCUCCCCCCCCUUGCGGGUGGCCGGCGAGCUAUGACUUUCGCCACUGACCUCAGCCAGGAGAACGGCCCGCUGGUCACCGUGACAGGGUUAGACCCGGCUGCCCUCAGCCCCGACCUGCUGUCGUCCAUCCACAACGGUGACCGAGUACUAGAGGUCAACGGGAUCCCUGUCCACAACAUGUCCCCAGACGAGCUGAGCGGCGUGUUCCAGGACACAAGCAGACCACUGCAGCUGACCAUUGAGCACAACCCUCCGUCUCCAGACGGGCCGCUUCCCUCACACGGCGCACAGGAUGACCUCGGCUCUCCUGAGCCACGCGUCCGGGACAAACUUUCCUCAGCACACAAACUCCCAAGUCUGGAGGAGGAGCCAAGUCCAGAGGAUGAGACGGACGGACCAAUCAGUCUGAGCCUCUUGCCUCCUCAGCACCAGGGAAGCACGGGAAUGCGAUCCAGACAUAUUAUGCGCAGCUGUAGUAUAGAUAAGUGUCCGCUGUCCACUGGGGCACUGCCGCUUUUAUCUCAGAGGAGAGACAUGGUUCGCUCAGAGUCCCUUCGUGUGGAUCCUGGAGAUCGGACCCAUCGCAUCUUCAGACCUUCAGACCUCAUCCAUGGAGAAGUGCUUGGAAAGGGCUUCUUUGGACAAGCUGUCAAGGUAACGCAUCAGGAGACGGGGGAGGUGAUGGUGAUGAAAGAGUUGAUACGUUUUGACGAAGAAACCCACAAGACUUUCUUAAAGGAGGUGAAGGUGAUGCGCUGUCUGGACCACCCCAAUGUCCUCAAGUUCAUUGGACUGUUCUAUAAAGACAAAAGAAUACAUUUCAUUUCUGAAUACAUCCAGGGAGGAACUGUCAGAGAAACCAUCGUAAAAAUGGAUGAGGACUUCCCCUGGAGUACGAGAGUGGGUUACGCCAAAGACAUCGCAGCUGGAAUGGCCUAUCUGCACUCCAUGAAUGUGAUCCACCGGGAUCUAAAUUCACACAACUGCCUGGUCCGGGAGAACCAAUCUGUGGUGGUGGCAGAUUUUGGCCUAGCCAGGCUGGUGGUAAAGGAGAGGAAUCAGUCGGCGUCAUCGUCAAUGGAGCGGCCUGUGAAGGGCACGUUGUCAGAGCUCCGGAGGCCCGACCGGAGGAAGCGCUACACCGUGGUGGGGAACCCGUACUGGAUGGCCCCUGAGAUGAUCCAUGGGAAAAGCUAUGACGAACGGGUGGACGUCUUUUCCUUUGGUAUCAUGAUAUGCGAGAUCAUAGGCAGAGUGAAUGCUGACCCGGACUACCUGCCCCGGUCAAAUGACUUUGGGCUCAAUGUAGCCGGUUUCCUGCAGAAGUACCACCCUGCCCAUUGCCCCCGGGCCUUCCUGCCCCUGGCUGUCCUCUGCUGUGACAUAGAUGCUGAUCAACGUCCCUCCUUUGCAAAGCUGGAGGAGUGGCUUGAGAACCUGCUGAUGCACUUGAACAUCCGCCUGCCUCUGCUCUCCGAGUUAGAGCAGCAGAGCAGAGUCUUCUGGCACAACCACAGUCAUCAAAGGCUCUGCCACAGCCAGGACAAGACGCUGGACGAUGACGAAGAAGCAACCCACCGUUCACAAAGAAAGAGCUCCGGCCCCACUCAACACUCGGGCAGUGCCAAUAACCACACGGAGCCCCAAACCAAGAAUAGCAUGCCUGAAAGCCAUUCGGAGGGAGAAACACCCACACGUGACCUGACAUGUUGCAGGUUGGCGAGCACAGGCCCAGGCAAGCAUGGGUCAGAAACCGAUGCACACGCUGACCCCUCACGAAAAAAGAAAGCCGAGGACGAGCCUUUACAGCCGCUGCAGGUCAACCUCACGGUGCUGGGCCGUUCCAACAGGCCCAGAAGGACGUGCAGAGUGCUGUGGGACACGUCUACAGAGGACAGCUCUUUGCUCUGACUGUACAGCAUUUGAAGACAUUUGUGCCUUUUUAAACCACUGGGAAAGCUAGGAAAGUUUCAUUAAAAAAAAAAUUGUGUGGAGGAUUAAUCCAUGGAGAACCUGCAGAGGCAUAAUGAUGGGAUCUUUUUUAAGAAAAGCAGUUCAUGUUUAUUUGCUGCUUGAUGUAAACUGCGUAGCACCUUUGCUCGUAUUUCUCUGGAAACCAGUAUUUAUGAUGUUUUAGGAAGAGCCCAACCAAUACUAGAUUUAGUUGGUGUCCAUAAUGACUUUUUAGAAUCAAGCAAGUGUUCCUAAAAUUCCACAAUGUUUGGCAGCGCCCUCUGCUAGACAGACGACGUAAUGGCAACACGGUUUCUACUUCUACACGGUCAUAUCUUUGGCAUUCUAGACUACAGUUUCCAUUUAGUUAUCAGAAAACGUCUAUGAUGCUGGUAAGAAAUGGUUGGCCAAAGUAUCGUUUAAGUUACAGUGUCAACAAGCUGUGAGACAAAUGGCACUUUAUACCUGCUGUUACACUGCAUAAGUUUAGUAUUUAUGAGAAUGCCUUUUUUAUUUUCUGUUGAAAUAUUCCCACCCAUAUUUAUCAUGGCGAGCAGUGAACAUAUGAAUGUAUAGCUGUAACUUAUAAAGUAAUAAAGUGAAACAAAUUAAUUAACAAAUUAA